UUCCUUGACCCCAAGAAGAACGCUAACAGAAUUUUCCCUGGUGGUAUCGAGCUAAAAUACUCUUCCAUCUCUUCAAGAUCGAUCGAGGCUCUAUCUAAGUGUAUACGAUUUGCGCGAGGAGGGCAUAUCUGUCGACCAAAUCCAACGUCCGAAUCCCGAUCCGCUGGCCCCGUUCGAUACUCCUGUGUAUAUUGGGUCGAUCAUCUCGAUGAUGGGGAUUCUUCUGUGAACCCAAAAUCCGGAGAAGUCUUCCAAGACAGUAGCGCAAUCCAAAAGUUUCUAGAGCAAAGCUAUACACAUUGGCUAGAGUCUCUCGGUCUCCUUGGAGACAUACCGAAAGGGGUCUCUUCUAAGUCCAAACUACCGCGUUUACUUGAGGGUAAGGAGAGCGUAGUAGGGUUGGCUGAAGUAGUAUAUGAUGCGUUACGAUUUAUUCAAUCUCACAGUGUUGUGAUCACGGGCAAUCCACUCCAAGUAUACGUGUCGGCCUGAUCUUCAGCCCCAACCGGAGUGUAAUUCGGAAUUUAUUUCGAGGGCAAGAACCGAAAUGGAUAAUCAGAAAACUAAGAAUGGAAGCCUGUUUACAGACGCUCGAGGGCCGUACUUCUUCGGUCUGGUCGGUGGCCUUCUCGCCGGACGGCCGGCUCGUGGCCUCGGCCUCGGACGACAACACCGUCAAUAUUUGGGCCGCAAACACGGGCGUGCCACAGAAAACUGUCAAGGUUGGUCUUACGUCAAAAAGUGUCUUGUUUGAUAGUUGUAGCCAG